GCUAAAUGUUGUGUGUAAAUGCUAAAAUUAGCCGAGUUUGAUAUUACGUGAGCUAACGUUACGCUAAACGUUGUGUGUAAAUACUAAAAUUAGCCAAAGCGAGCUAACGUUACUCUAACCGCUGUGUGUAAAUACUAAAAUUAGCCAAAGCAAGCUAACGUUACUCUAACCGCUGUGUGUAAAUACUAAAAUUAGCCGAGUUUGUUAGUAAGCGAGCUAACAGCCCCAAUUUUAUGAUUUCUCUUUUUUUUUUGGAGUUCGUUUCCAAAUUCAGUUAUUUUAUUCCCGACAUUGUGUUCAUCUGCUGUGUUCAGACAACAAAAUUAGCCGCGUUUGAUAGUAAGCGAGCUAACGUCUCCAAUGUUGUAUGCCUUUUGACUUUUAUAUAUCAUAACAAUUCAGUUGUUUUAUUCCUAACGUCGUCUUCGUUCUUCGUUCUCCGAGGACAAUUUCCAUUCGCGUGACUUCACUGUGCUAGCGAACAUCAGAGGAAUUGCUCUGCCAGUCGUAGGAUUGCUCUCGAGUUCUCGAGUUUUUCCAGCAGCCAGUGAUCUGUGCUCAUUAAUAAAGUGUCGAGAGGAAAAUCCGUGUGUCAGUGUGUGUGUGUGUGCACUCGGCAGCCCGCCUCUGGCCGGCUGAUGCUUUCGUCUCGUCCCUGUCCAUUCGGUUGAGGAAAGGGGGGAGAGGAAGAGACGCGACGCGAGAGGAAUCAUCCAUGGGUGGCUGUGUGGGCAGUCAUCAUGACUCUUCGGGCAGCUUAAACGAAAACUCGGACGGAACCGGAGUGGCGCUGGGGCGCAACCAGCCCCUGAAGAGAGAGAAGCCCAAAUGGAAGAGCGAUUACCCGAUGACGGACGGCCAACUGCGGAGCAAGCGCGAUGAAUUCUGGGACACGGCGCCCGCCUUCGAGGGCCGCAAAGAGAUCUGGGACGCGCUCAAGGCCGCCGCACAGGCCUUCGAGAGCAACGACCACGAGCUCGCUCAGGCCAUCAUCGACGGAGCUAGCAUAACGCUUCCACAUGGUGCUCUAACCGAGUGCUACGACGAGCUGGGUAACCGCUACCAGCUCCCCGUCUACUGCCUCUCUCCGCCCGUCAACAUGAUCGAGGAAAAGAGCGAGAUGGAGACUCCCGAGGCCCCCGAGGCCCCGCCCACCGAGGGACACGAGUGCCAGCUGCGUCUGCGUCUCUCGACGGGUCGCGACCUGCGGCUGGCCGUGCGCUCCGGAGACAGCGUGCUGUUCAUGAAGCGGCGUCUGCAGGCUCAGGAAGGUCUCGAGGCGUCCAGCCAGCGCUGGUUCUUCUCGGGCCGGCCGCUCAGCGACCGCAUGAAGCUGCACGAGCUCAACAUCUCCAAAGACUACGUGGUGCAGGUGAUCGUCAGCCAACCGCCGCCCGUGGAGAACUGACGGAAAACUGUGCAAUCUUCCAGCAUCUUCCCGCUGUGGAGACGAUGAUGGUUGCUGUUGGGGGAGGGGGGGGGCGGGGGAGGGGAGGUGUUGUGUGUAGAACGUCGGAGAUCUUGCCUGGAGAGGAGCCGGGAGGUUUCCCAUAAGCACGCUGCUCUAAGGACAGACGUGAGAAGAUUCGUGAAGUGCUUUCUCUUCUUUUCUGUCUCUUAUGUCUGCAAGGCAGACCUGGAAUACGGACGUGUGAAGCUCCGUGGCUCUGAACCUCUGUGAGACUUUCCUACAGCCGGAACUUGUCUCGGCUUUUAACCAAUCACUUCUUUUUUUUUUAUUAUUAUUAUUUGGUUUUUAAUGGAAAAAAAAAAUCAACUCCCGAACUAGUUAGGGAAUAUAAGAAUAUAUACAAGAAGGAGUCUAAAUUUCAUUUCUUUCCACAAAUGUCUUUCUUCUUCUUCUGCGCUUUUUAAGUCAGGUGUGCAUUUAAACGACUGUCUCGCACUGUAAAACGAUCCUGACGUGAAAAGGCGUCUUUUUCUUUCUUGUCUUAUUUUUUUUUUUAUUUUUUAAAGAGGUUCUGCAGAAGGGAACUUGUGUUUUUUUUCCCCCCUGUGUAAUAAAUCAGCUGUUUGACCUUUCGUCUAGAUUUCGGCACAGGGGAAGUGUGUCACGUAAGGCUCCGCGCUGUACUGUACAUCUGUCGCCAUAACGUAGACGAUACGCAGCACGGUCGUCACGGACACUCCGGUCGGCCCGCCGGGUUUCCGUGGCACCGUGUUUUGUCUCUUUUUCUUUCUCACCGAGAGGAGUGCGGUGUUUUAAAAGGCGUGUAAUCACGAACAACCCCGAGGAAGAAAGGAAGGGUCGAUCGAUUGUCUCGGCGCCAAAAUAGGUGCUACGGAGACAGAAAAAAGAGACGCUAAUGCAGUUCGCCUGAACGUAGCGAACGUACGUGUUGGGAGGGGGGGGGGGGAGAGAUGGCUUAUUUUAAUGAUACGGAAUGUGUUUUUUAAAUAAAACAUGAACGUUUUUACUCCAUUUCUUUGUGGUUUCUCACUUCUUCGGCGCUGCCACUCGUUUUUGCUAAUCUGUGGUCAUGAGUGGGAAAGUCUCUGAUAUCGUUGGCGUGG